UUUAUGUUAAUUGCAUUUUGAAUUUCAGUUAUUUUAUUAUUUGUCUUUGCUCUUUCACAACAUUUGUUGUUUCGUCAAAAUUUCUGGAUUGGAAUAGGCAGUUUUCUAACUUUAUUAUAGUUCCAUCAAAUUCAAGUUUAGUAAGGGAAAAUCCAACAUAACGUUGGUUAACUAAAAGGAUCAUAGCAAUAUCAUUGUUAUUGGUGAGGCCCGACAUUCCGUAAAACAUGACCAACUAUGGAGGCAGUCGUCAGCUGACCGCACGCAGCUCGGAUAUUGAUGCUCUCGCCCAGCGUGGCUAUAAUAUUGGCCAUAAAAUCGGCGAGGGCUCCUAUGCGACUGUAAUAACCGCUGGCUAUGCUGAUGAAAGUGGGCAUGGCGUUAACUUGGCAUGCAAGAUCAUCGAUAAGGCGAAAGCACCCACCGAUUUUGUGCACAAGUUCUUUCCACGUGAACUGGAGAUACUAACGAAGCUAGAUCAUCCAAAUAUCAUACAGAUACACAGCAUUUUGCAACGCGGCCCCAAAAUCUUUAUAUUCAUGCGUUACGCCGAAAAGGGUGAUCUGCUGACGCACAUCAAAAAGACGGGACCCAUCGAUGAGAAACAGUCGAAGGUCUGGUUCUUUCAAAUGGCGAAAGCUCUCAGGUAUCUGCACACUCACGACAUUGCCCAUCGGGAUCUCAAGUGCGAGAAUAUAUUGCUGUCGAAGCGCCUAAAUGUCAAGUUGGCCGAUUUUGGUUUUGCGCGAUAUUGUCGAGACGAGUCCGGACAUCAAUUGAAAUCGGAAACAUAUUGCGGCUCGGCCGCUUAUGCAGCGCCGGAGGUGGUCUGUGGGGUUCCAUACGAUCCAAAGAUGGCCGAUGCCUGGUCGUUGGGCGUUAUAUUGUUUAUAAUGAUGAAUGCAAAAAUGCCGUUUGAUGAUAGUAAUCUGACGAAAUUGCUGGAGGAUCAGCGCGGCAAGAAGUUUUCAUUUCGCCGCAAGCUACAGGAUGUAAUAUCACCGCACGCCAAAGCGACGGUGUCGGUACUGCUGGAACCAGAUGCAUCGACUCGUUGGGACCUACGUGAAAUACUUAAUUGUAGCUGGUUGGUCUCUGUGGAGGAUCCGCGUCCGUCGGCUUCCAAUUGAUCAUCCUGAUGUAUAUAUAUAUUUGUAUAUAUGAAUAUAUAUAUAUUUUUCAAUUGCAAUCAGAACAUCUUAUGUAUAUUCAGAUUAGCUAGCGUCAGCUGUUUCAUGAACACACCGAUGUCGUAUACAUAUGUGUAUAUAUAUAUACGUUUAUGUUUUAUAAUAAGGCAAUAUAUAUAGAUAUAUACGUAUGUAUAUGUAGUUGAAAUUGUACGCUAUACCC